AUGUUAGUGUUGCAGAAAACUCUCCCAUGGCAGGAAAAUCAAAGAUACAAGCUUUCUUAUUCAGCUUACCUUGAACUACACUACACACCACGAGUUUAUAAUGUCUGUCUCAUUCUUAUUGCAGUUCCAAGAAACUAUGACCCUAUAUUGCAUCCAUUUGAGGUUCCACGGGAGUACACAAGAGCUCUAAAUGCAACAAAGCUUGAACGUGUGUUUGCAAAACCCUUUCUUGGCUCACUUGAUGGCCACAGAGAUGGAGUUAAUUGCAUAGCCAAACAUCCGAAGAGUUUGUCUACAGUACUGUCUGGAGCUUGUGAUGGAGAGGUCAGAAUUUGGAACUUGACCAAACGACAGUGCAUUCGUACUAUACAAGCCCAUGAAGGCUUUGUUCGAGGCAUGUGUGCUCGUUUCUGUGGUACAUCAUUCUUUACUGUUGGUGAUGACAAAACUGUGAAGCAGUGGAAAAUGGAAAGCCCAGAAUAUGGAGAAGAAGAAGAACCUAUUCAUACAAUUCUUGGAAAGACAGUGUAUACAGGAAUUGAUCACCACUGGAAGGAAGCUGUUUUUGCCACCUGUGGCCAGCAAGUGGACAUUUGGGAUGAGCAAAGGACAAGUCCCAUGUGUUCUCUGACAUGGGGUUUUGAUAGCAUAAGCAGUGUAAAAUUUAAUCCCAUUGAGACAUACCUCUUGGGAAGCUGUGCUUCUGACAGAAAUAUUGUACUAUAUGAUAUGAGAAAAUCAACUCCGUUAAAGAAGGUUAUCUUGAACAUGAGGACAAAUGCACUGUGUUGGAACCCCAUGGAAGCUUUCGUUUUUACUGCAGCAAAUGAAGAUUACAACCUAUAUACUUUUGAUAUGCGCUACCUGGAAUCACCUAUGGUGGUGCAUAUGGAUCACGUGUCUGCUGUCCUCGAUGUGGAUUAUUCACCCACUGGGAAAGAAUUUGUCUCAGCCAGCUUUGAUAAGUCUGUCCGCAUUUUUCCUGUAGACAAAGGUCACAGCAGGGAGGUGUAUCAUACCAAGCGAAUGCAGCAUGUCAUCACUGUAAAAUGGACUUCAGAUAGCAAAUAUAUUCUGUGUGGCUCAGAUGAGAUGAAUAUUCGUCUGUGGAAAGCUAAUGCUUCUGAAAAGUUGGGAGUGCUUGCACCACGAGAGAAGGCAGCUAUGAAUUACAACCAGAAGCUGAAGGAGAAGUUCCAGUAUCACCCAAAGAUCAGACGCAUAGCUCAGCACCGUCACUUGCCUAAAAGCAUAUAUUGCCAAAUCAAGGAGCAACGAAUCAUGAGAGAAGCUCGUCGGCGAAAGGAACUGAAUCGUCGUAAGCACAGCAAACCAGGAUCUAUGCCGUUUGUUUCAGAGCGGAAGAAACAUAUUGUGGCAGUAGUAAAAUAAUUGUUUUCACAUGCACAAAAUGUCACAAUGAAAGCCAGUGUGACCACUGAAUGAAUCCACGGUA